UAAUUCUCGUAUUUAUCCUACUUCCAUCUUUAUAUUUAUCCUAAAUUUCAUCUGUGAUAAAUUAAUAAAUAUCAACAAUAGAUAAUGAAAAAAAUAUUAUUUUCUAAUAAUUUCGCAGGAUGUCGUUCAUGUCGCUGAACAUUAAAUGUGAAAUAUAUAAAUGUGAUAUUAAAAGAUACAAUUUGUUUUGAUAAAUCGUUAAUCUGUUGUGAAAUAAUUAAUUAAAGAAAAAUGCAAUCAAUUUUUUAAUUAUAUUGUGUAAUUUUUUCUUUCUUCUCAAAUAUUAAUAUAUAUACUAUUAUGUGAAUCUUAAACUAGAUUUUUAAAUUAUAAUAAGUAUUUUAUAUAAUGGAGGUUAUGUUAAUCAAAAUUUAUAAUUAAAUAUAUAAUUAAAACUUUAUAUCAAAUCUUAAAUAUAAGAUAUGGAUACAGGAAAUUCGAAUGAAAAUUCACAUCCAAUUUUAGAGACUCCUCCACGUGCUGAACGAAAAAGUACCCGAGGAUCGCGACAAAAAGGAGUAGAUAGCGUAACAAAAAAAUUUCUACGUAACUUUGAUCCGGAACAUAGUGAAAGAGAAAAACGAAAACUACAUCGACGGUUGUAUCAAGGUCACAAAAGACAUGUUAUGUAUGAUGAAAAUGGAGUUUAUACUCAAACAGGAGAUGAUCUUUGUGAUUGUUUAAAUUUAAAUUGUGCUGGAUGUCAUUUUUCUUGUCCUAAAUGCAAUUCUCCUAAGUGUGGUCAUGAAUGCAGGUAUGAUAUUAAAAAAUUAUUUUUUAAAUUUAUUUAUUUUUUAAAUAUCAAAAAUAAGUUUUUUAUUAGGAAUAAUCGUAAGUGGACAUACGAAUCUAUAGAAAAUGAAGGAAGCGAUGUCAUCAUAAAAAAUCCAUUAUUGAAAGAAACUUGAAGUUCAAAAAUUAAAUCAGUUAAAUAAUUAUAUUGUUAGUGAUAUUAUUUUUAUAAGAACUUUAUGGCUGUGCUGUGUAAGAACUUUACUAUCAAUUUUUCACCAAACUAUAUAUUUAUAUUUAUUUUCAAUUUUAUUAGCAUUAUGUAAGUUAUGUACAUUACAAUUAUAAUUAGAUUAUAAUUAGAAUAUGAAAAAUGAUAUAUAAGAAUA